GAAAAGGAAACCACGCUUAAGGCGUUCAUUGCUGCUGUGACGUGACGAGCUUGAAGAGAGUGCCGGCGUUAGGGCCCAUCUUCAGCAGUAGCUUCAACUCGCCAAUGCAGUAGUAGCUUUAGCUUUACGGAGACCCAUUUUACGGUUUCACGGAGUUUCCCAGCGCCUUUCACAGCAACGGUAUUGCGCUUCUUUCCUCCUACUUCUCCCAAGAAACCAAGUGAGAAAACCAGGAGAUUCCCCGCCAACUGCGACGUCGAUUCGCGCUGUUUUAGAUGGGCCUCACGAUAUCCUCCCUCUUUUCCCGGCUUUUCGGCAAGAAGCAGAUGCGCAUUCUAAUGGUUGGUUUGGAUGCUGCUGGCAAAACAACUAUUCUUUAUAAACUGAAGUUAGGGGAGAUCGUUACGACUAUUCCGACUAUAGGUUUUAAUGUUGAAACAGUAGAAUAUAAAAACAUUUGUUUCACAGUGUGGGAUGUUGGAGGCCAAGAUAAAAUUCGACCUCUUUGGAGACAUUACUUCCAAAAUACACAGGGUCUCAUUUUUGUUGUUGAUAGCAAUGACCGUGAGAGAAUUCUGGAAGGAGCAGAAGAGCUACAGAAAAUGCUGCAGGAAGAUGAACUGCGAGAUGCAGUAUUGCUCCUUUUUGCUAACAAACAAGAUUUACCCAAUGCUAUGGCAAUCAGUGAAAUGACAGACAAAUUAGGUCUUCAGGCUCUCCGUAACCGAACUUGGUAUAUUCAAGCUACUUGUGCUACUCAAGGAACUGGUCUUUAUGAAGGGUUGGACUGGCUGUCCAAUGAGCUCUCAAAACGCUAAAUCAAAAUUGAAUAGUUAACGAGAAAAUAUGAUAGAAUUUGUUUAGCUUUAUUACUCCUAAAUUGAUUUGCAUCUCAUUUGAGAUCUGAGCAGGAUUUGAGGAAGAUAUUGCAACAUUUCAUCUUACUUCAUUAUUAAUUGUUGGAAAAGAAAUUACUGCUCUCCUUAGGCUGACUGCCUUUAAGUAAUUGUAAGUACAUGCUUGCAGCAGUAUGCUUAGAAUUUUUUUAUCCCUUGGCACACAAUGAUUUAAUGUUUUUUAUGCUACUUUAUAGUAUUGAUGAAUUAUCCAUUUACUUCAUUAUUUUGCUGAUUCAAAAACGAAGCUUCCAAUUAAUCACUUGCUUAAAAACGUUUCUCAUAUUACUUGUAGUUGAGAAAAUGCUAUAAAGAAUUCAGGCCUUGUUCAUUCAGGAUUAUUUUUUAAUUAAAUAGUACUUUCUUCUUGUCCAGUCAGUCUUGAGGAAUUUGAGGAAUAAAAUGGUUGUACAGUUAAAAAAAUUUCAUAUUAACAAUUCUUUUUCAACCCAGCAAAAUUUUCCGUUAUUAUAUAGUAUCCUUUUUGUUAGCUGCUGCUUUAGGUUUCAACCUGAUUCUUUAUACCCUAUUUAAGAUAUUUCUGGUAAUGUUUUGCUUAUUGUUGAGCCUAUUUUCAGAAUAAAUUUUGGGAAAUUUACUGGAUUAAAUUAGUUCAAAAUGUUUGUAAUUACAAUUGAUUAAAUGAUUUAAAAUAUAGAGUUGUGGUUUUUUAAUUAUGAAAAUGGGUUAACUUUUCUAAUGAACAUUUUCCAAAGGUUUAUCUUUUGCAUUUCUAUGCAGUAUUAAACAUACACCCCCCCAAUGUAUACCUUUAUUACUUAAGUUUAAAUUUUAGAAAAAUGUCCAAAAAUGGGCUGUUAUUAUGUAUUCAGUAUAGUUAUUUGACAAACAUUAAUACUUUUAAAUAAUAAAACUGUAAAACAUGAAUUUAAUUAGUAAUAAAACUGUAAAGUAAAAAUUGUUCUGAUUAAAAUGUUUUUAAUGUUAUAAAAUAACUUGCCCAGAAAAUAUAUGCAUGUGUUUGUUCCAUUACAUAUGCAGAAUAAUUUUGAAAGUUUUGGUUCAAAUAUAUUACUCCCAUUGGAGACAC